GCCCGCCUAAUCGUAUCGAAUUUUCUCUCUAUGUUCAAUAUUUACAAUCUUUCUUUUCUAGGGAUUUCAUCGUUGGGGAUUUUGAAAGCUUUUAACGAAAAUUUUCGUUCUUGUAAUUAAAUUUAUUAAUGUAUACGAGUGUAAUGUAUAAUUUGCAGUUUUAUUUAUUUCAUAACAAUUCCCAAGUACCUUAUAUUUAUUAAAUAAGAGUCCUGUUCAUUGUGGUAAAGUAUGUUUCGUACAAAAAAAGAUGUUGAGCGGCAUGUAUUAGAUGUCUUGAGCAAAAUAAACAGUGAAAACGAGAAAAAUUUAAGAGGAUAUACUUUUGCAAGACUUUUCUUUCAAGUAAAAGAUUAUGAAGCUGCUAGAAAGUAUUUGUCUGGUUUUCUUAGUGUAAGAGACCAUCAUGCUCCUGCUCAUAAAUUGAUGGCUCAAAUAUAUGAAGCUACUAAUAGUCCAGAAAAUGCCCUACAAUCUUAUAAGCGCUCAUUGGAAAUAGAUUCCCAUCAGAGUGAUAUAGUUCUCAAAAUUUGUGAACUGUAUUGUCUGCUUCCUGUUGAUCAUGAAACUGCUAAAUAUUGGGCUGACAGAGCUGAACAAAUAUAUCCUCACAAUGAAAUAGUUUUCAAGCUUCGGGAAUGCUUAGUAUCAGCAGAAGGAGAUCCAGACCAUCAAGAGCUUGAAAAUUUAAUCGCUACUGAACUUCAAGCACAACCAAAAAAUAUUGAUUUAAGAAUUAAGUUAUUGAGGCUUUAUUUGGAUACUGAACGUGUAAAAGAAGCAUAUGAACAUGCAACCUUAAUUGAGAGUAAAAUGUUGUUUCCAUCCAGUUGUGAUUGGUACUAUAUGCUGUCAGAAAUAUAUGAAGCUUAUCAAGAAGAAUGCCAGCAGGACUUGGAUUCACAAUUUUUCAUCAAUUAUUUAACUGCAUUAGAUAGAUUAAUAUCUCUUAACUUAUCAGAAGUUCGUUCUCGAGAAAACUCUAGAAAAGGCAGUUUGAAUGAUGCCGCUGAGUUUUUAUUCACAUUUGAUAACUGUCUCAAGAAAGCUGUCGAGCAAAAGAUCAAUGAAGGAUCAUGGACUUACUUUAUGCAUCAUAUGAAAGGUCAAUUGUUCUUCUACAUGACAACCAUAUUGUUGAAAAAAGCUAAAAUGGAUCAAGGGAAUCGAAAAGAAGCUUUACGUUUUAGUCAUGGAUUAGCUCUGAUAUGCUAUGGGAUUAGAUCCACCAAUCCAUUAGAAGAAUUGUGGUUUUCACAACUGACAGAAAACCAAAAGGUAUUCACAAACUUUUUCCAGCAAGGAUCUAUCAGGACAAGUUUCAUUGGACAUGUCAUCCAAAGUAUGUGCAAAGAAGAUAAGAGCAAAUGGUUACAAAAGAUUAAGUCUGAUGUUUGCAUUUCCCAGGUGAAAGAAAGGAUAUACAGUCGUAUCUUUAGUUCUGUAAAGACUAAAAAGAAUUUAUCAGCAUCUUAUUUUAUUGACAAUUCCUCUUUUGAAAGCAGCAGUUUAGAAUUUCCUAGUCAGAGUUCUUUAAAUGAUUAUGAUAAAGCUGCUUAUAAACUUUGUGCAAGCUCCUUACAUCACUUAGUAUGGCUUCAACUUCAAGGAGAAACCAAGUGUAUGCAAAAUUGUCCCCUGACUGAGAUAUUUAAAGGCCUUCAAUACAGUAAUAAAAAUCUUUCAAAAGGAAGUUGCGAGAGUCUGUGCAUCCUUGAUCUUGAAGCUUAUCUUUAUGCAACAGUUUAUCAAGCUAAAGCAGGAAUAGAGAAGAAAAAAGCCACGAUUAAUAACUGGAAUCAAGAUUUAUCUGUGUUUUGUCCUCCAGAUAUAGCUGACCCAAUAUGCACUGAGCUUCAAGGAGAAUGGUGGCGAAUUGCUUAUGGAUUGCAUACUUGUUCAAUUAAAGAGAAAUUAGGUGAAUCAAGGCGAGUCUUACAACAAGGAUUAGAAGUUAUUAGAGGAGUUGGUAAUCAUGGCUUGGAAGUUCAGCUUGUUGUACAUUUAGCUCAGUCAUUUGCUAGUAGAGCUGAAAUUUUGUUAAAAGACUAUGAAAAUUCUAACACAGAAAAGAAGAUAUUGCCAGAUAAUAUUUCUGCCUUGCAACUGAGAGCUACUCACUAUUGGAGUAUCGCCAUAGGCAUGCUUGAAAAGCUAUUGUCUGGUGGAAUUGUUAAGCCUCCUAAGGAACCCAUGUUUAUUGGCUAUGAUAACAUUUUAUCGAAAGUAGAAAUGAGGAAUUUAUUAGAAGAUGGCAAAUUAUAUAUGGCUGUGCAGUUCAUGGAAGCUGAUAAACUCAAUGAAGCUGCAGAAAUUUUAUCCAAAUUGUCCUCACCCUAUGGUUCAUUUUAUCUAGCACUGACUUUGAAAAAGUUUGCUUCCCAAGAAGACAAGUUUUCCAAUGCCAGAAACAUGUUCCUAUCUAAAGCGCAAAGAGCUAUUUAUGACACAAUGGAUCGAAUAAAAGAUAAUAACAACCACCCUUUGAAUAGUGAAAUCCAUAUUGUUUUGGAAGACAUAGAAAAUGAACUUGGUACUGGACACUCUAUAAGUAAUGGUACUUCUGAUGAUCCUGAUGAAUUGGAUGCAUGUGAUGCUGGUACUACUAUAAGCAGUUCUUUUUAUGCCACCCCAAAUAGUUUUAUUAUGAAUAAGCAAAGCACUCCUAAACCUUCAUCUAAAUUUAUGUCCAGCAGCUCUAAACUGGCUUAUACUAAUAGUGAUUGUCAAACGCACUCUAAACCAAGUCCUGAAAGAUUAGAUGCUCAAAUUAGGGCUUUAGCUUUGAAUCAAGAUACUGUUAUUAAAUCAGUUAUGGAGCAAAGUAAAUCAUUGCUUGAAACAAACAAGUCAAUACUUGAAGCUUUGCAAAAGAAUAAUGAAGUUCUAUCUGAUUUAAAGAAACAAUUUGAAGAAUUGAAAUUAUCUGAUAUUAGAACUCAUCCUAAGACUGCAGCAAAAAAUCCGAGUUAUUUGAAAGGUCAAGGUGAUAAUGAAUUUGAAAAUUUUGAUACUAAUGCCCUUCUUGAGUAUUAUGAGGAGAACAAUGAGGAAUAUAGAAUGCAAGAUUACAAUUACAAUCCACAAUCUCGUAUGGUCCCAGAAGCAACUGCUCCAUUGAACUAUGUAGUACCACCGUCUUUACCUCCUGGUCCACCUCCUUCUUUAGCUCAUUACAAUUACCAAUAUCCUCCCCAUGCAAUGCUGCCACCUGCUGCUAUACCUGAAAGAUCUCAGUUUUAUCCACCACCUGGUCAAAGUUUACCCUUCAGUGAAGGUCAGCAACUCCCACAAUUUCAUUUUCAUGUCUCAUCUGCCAUGGUUAAACCCCCUGCUCCUAUUUUAAGCAAUGUAACAAACAUUCCUCACCCAGCUACAUUACCACCAGCUGCAAUUAAUCUUCCACAACCUUCAUCACUUGUACAAACUUCUAGAUCAACUAUUCCAUCAAGUCCUUGGACUAAGCCAGUCGGGGUGGCACCCCACCAAUUUCAAAUUCCUCUUCCUCCUGCAGGUCCAUUUGGAACUGCUUCUCAUCUAAUUCAACAAUCCACAUCACCAAUCUCUAGCUCUGCUGUAACAUCCCAACCAACUUUAAGGAAUCUGCUUUCCACUACAACCUCUGGAAGCUCUCCAUUAAGCAAUUAUAUUCUAUCUUCUGCUACCAAUACCACAAUCACUUCGAAUUUAUUUAGCAGUGUUGCAAAGUCACCCGAACAGGUGAAAUCGGAACGCUCCAGAUGUGAUAGUGAAAAUGCUGGCAGUGAGGUUGAUGGACAUGAUAUUGAAAGAGAAGUUAUGGGUGAUUUCAAACCUUUAAUUCCUCUGCCUGAUGAGGUAGUUGUAGAAACGGGAGAAGAAAAUGAAGUGGUGCUGUUUGAAGAUCGAGCUAAAUUGUACAGGUUUGUUGAUCAAGAAUGGAAAGAACGAGGUGUAGGAAUAAUAAAACUUUUGCAUCAUGAAGAAAGCCAAAGAGUUCGACUUUUAAUGAGAAGAGAUCAGGUAUUAAAAGUUUGUGCUAACCAUUAUAUUCUUCCUGACAUGGAAAUUAAACCUUUGAAAACGUCUGAUCGUGCUUGGACAUGGGUUGCUCAAGAUUUUGCUGAUGAAGAACUUAAACCGGAACAGUUUUGUAUCCGAUUUAAAACAUCAGAGCUCGCCUUAGCAUAUAAAGAAGCUUUUGAGAAAGCAAUUAGAUUGGUAAAAAAUAGUAGUGCAAAGAUUAUAACUAGUCCAAAUAAUCCUUCAACUAGCAGUUCUCCUGGAUCUAAACCAUUUGCUAGUAAAUUUUCCCACAAAUCUGGAUCAUGGUCAUGUCCAACCUGUUAUAUUAGUAAUUCUGCUGACAUGCAAUACUGUGAAGCUUGCGAGACCAAAAAACCUACUUUCACUAAUGUAAUCACUUCACCAGUUGUGUCUCUUCCUUCUUCUGGAAUACCAGUUACGUCCGUAAAAAGUUCCAGCUCUACCCAAUUUACAUUUGGCUCUUCAGCGUCUGUAAAUAAGACUGCAGAAACUGAAAAUCCUCCAAAAAGUGUAUUUGGUGGUUUCACUUUUUCCUCUUCUCCAACUAUUCAUGAAGUAAAUGAUCCAGAUCCUAAAGAAAGAGAAAUAUUAGUUGUUUCGACAAAAUCUAAAGAUGGACCUCAAGUUACGAAAGUGAGUAAUGCUAAAUCCAGUCCCUUCUCUGGUUUCUCGUUUACUUCGCCCCCUCCUGCAGUUUUAAAGCCUUCGGAUAGUUCUAGUGAGAAAUUGUCUGACGUUGAAACUAAAACUGCUUCAAAUGCACCUUUUAAGGGUUUUGGUUUUCCUUUGUCUAAUACUCAGCCAGCAAUCACAAAAAUUGAUCAAGUUUCCAACUUCUCAUUCAAAAUGACUGAUAUAAAUACCAAUGUAUCUAAUACACCAUUUACAAAUCAACAGCCUGAUUUCUCAUUUAAAUUGCAAGCCUCUUGGACACCAACAGUGAAUGCACAAUCGCAAAAGCCUUCUGAUUCUGUUUCAAGUCUUUCUAAGCUUCAAUCAAUGGUGCAAAAUGUAGCUCCAACAUUUGUGUUUAAUCCUAAUGAUGCUCCGGUCAGUAGUUCAGCCUCAUCUUUUACACACCCUACUGAUAAAGGGAGCUCUCAGUCUUUCUCUCCUAUAGUUUCAAAUUUAAGCACUUCUACAAAAAGCAAUGAUGGUGCACCAGAAGAGUUUGUGCCAACAGCUGAAUUUAAACCUGUUGUGCCUUUGCCUGCUCUUGUUGAACUUAAAACUGGCGAAGAAGGAGAAGAAGUAAAAUUUUGUGAAAGAGCAAAACUUUUUAGGUAUGACUUGCAAACAAAGGAAUGGAAAGAACGAGGAACUGGUGAAUUAAAAAUUUUGUGUAUAAAAGACAGUCAAAAGUAUAGAAUUUUAAUGCGUAGAGAUCAAGUUUUAAAAAUUUGUGCUAAUCACUACAUUCUUCCAGAAAUGAAACUUGAACCUCUGCCUAAAAAUGACAAAGCAUGGGUUUGGUUUGCUCAAGAUUAUUCGGAGGGUGAUUUGAGCCAAGAAAAAUUAGCUGCAAGAUUCAAAUCUGUUGACAUUGCAAAGCAAUUUUUCAAUGUGUUUGAGAAAUGUCAAAAUGAAUCCAAAGAUUUAUGCAUAGGAAACAGAGAUGCUUUUGAUAAACUUUUUGAGCCAUCACCAGAUUCAUGGCAGUGUUCUAAGUGCCACAAAAAUAACUCAAAUCAGUCAUCUUGUAUCUAUUGUAAAACUCCAUAUAAAAAUGCUAUUUCAGUUGCUGAAACCCAAAAGCCUGAUAACCAAAAAUCUUUAUCUGAACUCUUUAAACCUGCUGCUGGCUCUUGGGAAUGCUCUCAAUGUUACGUAAGAAAUCAAUCAACAGACUUAAUGUGCAAGUCAUGUGAAUCUGCUAAGCCUGGCAUAUCUUGCACAAAAAUCGGAACUGAUGAAUCAGAAAAAAACAAUAAACCUUUAUCAGAAUUGUUUAAACCACCUCCAGGAUCAUGGGUUUGUCAAACAUGUAUGAUAAGGAAUACAUCUGAUAAAAAUUUAUGUCAAUCUUGUGAGACACCUAAGCCUGGAUCUGUUGAUUCUUCUGAAAAAAUGCCUAAUUCACAAUCAAAAUUUCAAUUUAGUUCUCCAAGUUCUGCUUUUUCAUUUGGCUUACCAGCUUCAGGAAAUGGUUUUUUAUUUGGUAGUAAACCUGCUAUUCAGCCAUCUACAUUUACUUUUGGACAAUCUGCACUUACUAAAACUGAUCAGGUUACUGGCUUUAAGCCUACUCUUCCGGUAACUUCUUCUCCGGCUGUGUUUGGAGGAGCAACUCAAAAACCAUCUGCAAAUAUCUCCCUACCACCUGUUUCUGCAGCUCCUACAUAUGUGUUUGGAUCAUCUGCAACAACAAACUUUUCUUUUGGUUCUCUUGCAUCCCAGAAACCUGAACCAUCUGAUCCAGAAUCUGUAGAAUUUCGUUUCGGCAGUCCUCAAAAGUAUGAGUUCAACUUUAGUGGUGUGAGGCCUCGUAGUCCUACCAAGACACCCAAAUCUCCGCGCUCGCCUGCUGCUCCAUCUGAUGUUGAUGAGGAUGAUGAAGUUGUAGCCUCUGAUGCUGAUAACAUUUACUUCUCGCCUGUGAUUCCACUACCUCCUAAAGUUGAAGUUAAAACAGGAGAAGAAAGUGAAAAUGCCUUAUUCACUCAAAGAGCAAAGCUCUAUCGAUUUUGUGAUGGAGAAUGGAAAGAACGAGGUCUUGGUGAUGUAAAAAUAUUGUUGGAUGAUAAGACCAAAAAAACACGUUUAUUGAUGCGCAGAGAGCAGGUUUUGAAAGUUUGCUUAAAUCAUUCCUUGACAAAAGAUAUUAAAUUUGAUUGGCGUGGUGAUAAAUCUCUUACAUGGGCAGCAACAGACUUUUCUGAAAAUGAAGCUACACCAGAACUGUUUGCCAUUAGAUUCAAAACUGCAGAGCUAGCUCAGGAAUUUAAACAAUCUAUUGACAAUGCUCCUUCUUUAGUUGAAGACCAGAAGCCUAAUAGUUCAUCUGAUGCAUUAAAGAGUUUCUCAUUCAAAGUUGAAACGACUCCAAAAAAAAGUAGACUCCAAUUUCACUCCAGGAUCUCUUUCAGCUCGUUUUGGAGCUUUAGCACAGGAAGAAGCUAAAGAAACCUCAAAUAAUUCGCCUUUCUCUUUUUCAUUUAAAGAAAAGCCUGAUAAUAGCUUUUUUGGUCAGACGUCUUUUGGUGGCACUGAUUCUAAACCUGUUUUUGGAACAGGUGUGAAGUUUGGAUUUGGUUUUAAUGCUCAAACUGCACAGCCUGAAGAUAAUGAUGUUCAAAUAGUGUUUGAAGCUCUUCCAAGUCCAGAAAAAAUAGCCCUAGCUGAAAAAUUAAUGUUGCCUAAAACAUUUUAUUUAUAUGAAAAUAAAGAACCUUGUACUGGCUGUGUGGGAUGCACUGAUACCAUUAAGCCAUGCAGAGGAGAAAUCGAAGAGCAGGAAGAAAAAACA